AAAGCUCCCUCCGAAACCCUAACCCUAACCCUAAAUCUCACCAGAGAGAAAAGAGAAAAUCCUAAAAAAAAGCGAUUUUUUCCUUGAAUUUUUCCUUCCUCCUCAUCCUUCUUCGCCUUCUUCUUUCUGGCCGUCAAAGCGACGGCUUUCUCUUCCCCCAGCUUGCCUUCGGCUUCACUCCACGGGCCCACACGCUCACCCAAACAGAAAGCUCCACUUCCCAACUCAAAACCCUAGACCUAUCCUCCUAAUCUCCUCUUAAAUCCAUGUCCUCCAGGAACCAGAACAGGCCCCCUCCCACCCCGGUCCCCAACCCCUCCAGAAGCCCCUCAAAUAAGAAGGACAAUUUAGAUGAGGCGCCUGUGGACAAGCGAAGGAAGAUUGGAGUAGGGAAGAUGGUGGGCCACGCGACCAACCCUCGUGCACGGCAGGUGCUGUCAAUUGUCAAUGCUGGUCUGAAUCCUGGUGGGCAUGGCGAUCAUGCUGCCGGCACCGCUCCCAGCUCUGACGGUGGGAGCAAUGGUGGCGGGGUCGAGUUUGGAUCUAGAGAGGAUGUGGAGAGGCUCUUGGGUGAGAAAAUGAAAGGAAAGAACAAGAAUGAUUACAAGGGAAAGAGCGAGCAGAUGAUAGAGUACAUAAAAAAGCUCAGGACUUGUAUCAGAUGGUUCAUGGAACUAGAAGAUGGGUAUUUGGCAGAGCAAGAGAAGCUCAGAAAUAUGUUGGACUCUGAAGGGAAAAUGCAUGCAGACAUCGAGUCCGAGAUGAGGGCCAAGGUUGAAGAUAUGAACACAACUAUCCAUGAGCUUCAGAGUCAGCAUGCCUCUUUGCAGGAAAGCAUUAGAAAGGAGGAAGCUGACAAAUUGGCUGCUGUUAAAUCCUACGAGGAAGAAAGAGAUGCAAGGGUUGCAGCUGAAAAUUCGCGGGCCACAUUGUCUGAAGAACUUGAAAGGGUUAAUCAAGAAGUGAGACGUUUCAGUGAUCAGCUGAAAAUGAUCCAAGAAACCAACAAGAGGUUGCAGGAGUACAAUACUAGUUUGCAGCAGUACAAUAGCAAUCUUCAGGCUGAUGCUGUGAAAAAUGGUGAGACUAUGUCAAAACUGCAGAAGGAGAAGAAUGCUAUGAUGGAAACCUUGACCGGUUUAAGGGAUCACACCAACUCUCUUAAGAUUCAGUUGGAUUCUUCUAGGUCAUCUCAGCAAGAGGCUAUUAAACAGAAAGAAGAGUUAAUGAAGGAAGUAGGUUGCCUUAGAAGUGAAUUGCAUCAAGUAAGAGAUGAACGCGAUCAUACAUUAGCCCAAGUGCAAAAUUUAAGUGUUGAAAUUACAAACUAUGAAGAAAUGACUGGAAAGUCCUCAAAGGCUUUGGAUAGCUUAACAACAAUAUCUACCGCCCUUGAGGAAACGUGCUCUUCCCAAAGAGAGCAGAUACAGGUAUUGCAGCAUCAGCUUGCUGCAGCAAAUGAAAAGUUGAAGAUGGCUGAUUUGACUGCCAUCGAGACAAUGACAGAAUAUGAAGGACAGAAGAAGACUGUAAAAGAUUUGCAAGAACGUCUUGCAGAUGCAGAGGCUCAAAUCUUGGAAGCAGAGAAAUUGCGCAAAAAGCUGCACAACACCAUACUGGAACUGAAAGGAAAUAUUCGAGUGUUUUGUAGAGUACGCCCUGUUUUACCUGGCAGUGAUUGUGGUGGCACAGAGGGGUCAGUUGUUUCUUAUCCUACAUCACUUGAAUCUCUUGGACGUGGCAUUGAUUUGAUGAAUAAUGCGCAAAAAUAUUCCUUCACGUUUGAUAAAGUAUUCAAUUAUGAAGCUUCACAAGAAGAUGUAUUUGUAGAAAUCUCGCAGCUGGUACAGAGCGCACUAGAUGGUUACAAGGUAUGCAUAUUUGCUUAUGGGCAAACAGGUUCUGGUAAAACUUAUACAAUGAUGGGCACGCCAGAACCGCCUGAGCAGAAAGGGCUUAUACCCCGAUCUCUAGAGCAAAUAUUCCAAACCAGCCAAUCUCUACAAAGUCAGGGAUGGAAAUACAAAAUGCAGGCUUCAAUGCUAGAAAUUUAUAAUGAAACAAUUCGUGAUUUAUUAUCACCGGGUCGCACUGGCAGCUUUGAUGCAAAUGCUGCUCUUAGCAAACAAUAUGCAAUCAAACAUGAUCCCAAUGGUAACACGCAUGUGUCUGACCUUACUAUUGUAGAUGUUUGCAGUAUUAAGGAGGUUUCUUAUCUCCUGCAACAAGCUGUACAGAGUAGGUCUGUGGGUAAGACACAAAUGAAUGAACAAUCCUCAAGAAGUCACUUUGUGUUCACUUUACGGAUAACUGGAGUUAAUGAGAGCACAGAGCAGCAGGUUCAAGGGGUGUUGAAUUUAAUUGAUCUUGCUGGAAGUGAGCGUCUUGCUAAAAGUGGCUCCACCGGUGACCGCCUCAAAGAAACACAGGCGAUUAACAAAAGUUUAUCAGCCUUGAGUGACGUGAUCUUUGCUAUUGCAAAGAAAGAGGAUCAUGUGCCUUUCAGGAACUCCAAGCUUACGUAUCUUCUGCAGCCUUGCCUUGGUGGAGACUCUAAAACAUUAAUGUUUGUCAACAUCUCCCCGGAAUCAUCGUCUGUCGGGGAGUCAAUUUGCUCUCUUCGUUUUGCUGCAAGGGUUAAUUCAUGUGAGAUUGGGAUUCCCCGUCGCCAGACCCAGAUGCGUCCUUCAGACUCGCGCUUGAGCUAUGGUUAAGCAACCUGGCAACUACUGUGCAUCCUCUUGCUCCAUAUGAUUACCCGUUGCUGCAGCCGUUAUGGCAUAUUUAAUGACUAUUAGGCUUCUAACAUUGUCUGUCUGUAACCAAUACCAAGGAAAUGAAAUCAAUGUUGUGUUGUUGUUGAAUUUGUAGAGGGAAGGCAUUAUGUUGAUUGUGGUAAUAUUCGUAUCAAAAUUCCUUCUCACUGACGUUAUCUCUCUUUUAAUCGAAUCAAAUUUUUUACAUGAACGAUUCCAAAA